AGCAGGCGCCUGUCCCCCUCCUAUGGGCAGAGACUGGGAGGGGAAGAGCAGGAGGGGGCUGUGUGGAGGUGCCCCCCCUCCCUUCUCCCCUGCAGCCCCUGUCUGGCAGUCCCAGCGCAUGCGCCUAGGCUGCAGCCCUGGAGUAGAAGUGAUGUUGGAGGGUCAUUCUCAGACAGUUCUGCAGGGCUGCAAUAAAUCACCCUGCACAUUCCCAGCCCUCCCUCCCUCCCUCUGUCUGUCUCCCUCCCUCCCUCCCUCUCACUCUCUCUCUCCUUCCUUCCUUCCUCCCAUCAGCUUGCCACCUCUCACUUUGCAGCCUCUUCUCCCUGCUUUCCUAACCCAGAGCCCCCUCCCCCCUUGUCCCCUCUUCUCACCCUAUAAAAUUGGGGGUUUGAUAUGCUCCCCCCUACCCUAGCCUCCCCUGACAGCCUGGAGCACCCUUUAUCUCUGCAGAUCAGGGAGGCUCUGUGCCAGAUGACAGAAACCCCCUCUCUCUAUUUCUCACCACCCCACUGAUACCCCCUGCACAGCAAUUACCACUCCUGGAUCUGCCUAAAAAAAAGAGGGGGUGUCAUCGUUUCACCUCAAUUGGAUCUAUAGCAAGAAGACUCCAGACAGGGAUCCAGAAUUCCAGACUGCUUGCUGUGGGGGGGACUGAGCAUAAUUCCCAAAUCCUGGAGCAAAGGAAGAGAAUCAGGAAAAGGAUCUAUUUUCAGGGUGGAAACAGUUUUCUUUUAUUUUAUGCAUUUUUAUUUUAUUAUAAUAUUUUUUUUAAAGCACCAAAGAAGACAGGAUUCCUCUUAUCCUACAGACACUGCAACCUGCAAGAGCUGUAAUCAUACGUCUGUAGAAUGUACACCCAUGGGCGUGUGUCCUGCCUUUCUAUAUGUCAAACAAGCUAACAUCGAUGGUCACAUCUCACAUCACCCUUUGUCCGAUGCUCACGAUAUAUCCUGUCUGUGAUUAUACCAGCAGAGAAUUGGAGUGAUACGACCACAGAGCAGAAAUUUUACUUCAGUCUUGAUCCUGAAAGAAAGACAGCUGGGGGCGCUCCGGGCGUAGCCACUGACCAUGCACUCACUGGACGAGCCCUUGGACCUGAAGCUCAGCAUCUCUAAGCUGCGGGCAGCACGAGAGAAGCGAGAGCGCGGUGGGGGGAAUGGUAGGAAGCGCUCUGUGCACCAUGAGCUGAUGAUUAGAGAUGAUGGGACCACUGUUAUCACCCCUGUGUGCUCCUCGCCCCCGCCAGGAUUCCUGCCUCGUUUUCGGGAUGGGGACAGUCCCCCCUUUUCUUCUCCCCCAGUCGUGGACCUCAGCCUCUCCCCAUCUUCUGGAAUGGACUCCCCUGGCCGUGCGUCCUUGUCCCCCGAAAGGGUGGUUGGAGUGGACACCCCAUUGGACACUCCGUCACUGCGCUGCAGGGGUGAUGUAGCCCCCAGCCCCUUCCAGUUCUUCCUGCCCCUCGGCUCCGGCCUCCAGCUGCCACCUUCUAUGUUCCUGACUCCCCCCAAAGAGCGACGUCUCUCCCUGGAAUACACAGAGCAGAAACAGCUGGUGUGCCAGUGGGCAAAGUGCAAUCGUCUUUUCGAGUUACUGCAAGAGCUGGUGGAUCACGUUAACGAUUUCCACGUGAAGCCAGAAAAGGAUGCCGGGUACUGUUGCCACUGGGAGGGAUGUGCCCGCCGUGGCAGGGGAUUCAAUGCCAGGUACAAGAUGCUGAUUCACAUUCGCACCCACACUAACGAGAGGCCGCACUGCUGCCCGACUUGUCACAAGAGCUUCUCACGGCUGGAAAACCUGAAGAUACACAACCGAUCACACACAGGUGAAAAGCCCUACAUGUGCCCCUAUGAGGGCUGCAACAAGCGUUAUUCCAACUCAAGUGACCGCUUCAAGCAUACGCGCACCCACUACGUGGACAAGCCCUACUACUGCAAGAUGCCAGGAUGCCAGAAACGCUACACAGACCCCAGCUCCCUGCGGAAGCACAUCAAGGCCCACGGCCACUUCAUCUCACAUCAACAGCGCCAAUUACUGAAAAUACACCAACCACCCAAAAUGCCAACGACAGGGGACAGCAGCUAUGCAAGUGGUGCACAGCUCAUCAUUCCCAACCCGGCGGCCAUCUUCGGCAGUCAGACACUGCCAAUACCAUUGGCACCAGGACCUUUAGACCUCAGCUCAUUGGCUUGCUCUGGAGUAGCAUCUGCCCUGGCAGGUUUACCUAAUCCCAUGCUGGCGUUGGCAGGGUCCCCUCUGAACCUGGUUAAAGGCUCUCUGUUGUCCCAGGCUUACUCCGCGGCAGGUCUCGGCCUACCUUUAGUCUCCUUGGUUACAGCAGGAAAAUUGGAAGGUGAGAAGCGAGCCAAGGUGCAAAGGUCAGAGAGCGGUGAGAGGACUGAGGUGUCAAAGAUGAGGCUUGGUUCAAUGGAUGGGCUCUCUCUGCUCCCCACAGGGGUGCUGGAUCUCUCACCUGGUGUGGGCUCAGAUUCUCUGCUGCCGGGAUGGGUGGUCAUCCCUCCAGGGUCUGUGUUACUGAAACCGGCAGUGGUCAACUGAGAAGGCCAUACCCCCUGUAACUUUCUACCUGUGCCCGCUUCCUACGUACAUGCCCUGACACAGGCUCUUCCUCCCUGGAAGAGGUAUAACCCAAUUAUAUUCCCGGCCCGUAACUCCCGCCAAACUUUUGCACAAGCGACAAUACAGAGAAUGUGUUUCUUCUGCCUUGUGAAAAGAGGGUGACCGGAUAUAUAUUACUUUGCGUUGCCUGCAGAAUCGCUUUUCCCUCUUGUAAGUGGGACCAAACCGGCGGGAUGACCGCCAAAUCGUAGACUGAUUAUACAGUAGCGAGACUUCUCAAGGACUAUUCUGUAGAGAGAGGUUUUGUGGACUGAGGAGAACGAAGCACUUUGUGAUGUCUGGAGGGUCCCUGCGGCCAGGGGAAGUUACGUUGUAUGAUCUGCAGACUUUUGUUCCUCAGAAUUUACGAGAGAAGGCAUCACGCCUUCUGAGAAAAGCAAUAAUACGGGAGAUGCUCAGAUUGAGCGGACUCUAAAAUGACAAGAGGGAGCGGAAGGUGGAUAGUCUGGGGGCCACUCAAUUAUCCACUCUCCAAUUCUCUGCCGAACUCAUCAAAUUUCCUGUAGAUCUGAUCUAUUACAGUACCCUGUGACACUCUCAUAUUCCUGCGCCCAAUUCCUGUAUCACUCUGGUUCCAGAGUUGCUCCCCUCUCAGAUUGUAUCGUCUGUUGUGUGUGAUCUCAGCUCUCUAUGGGGGAGGUGUAUCAAACCGUGGAGAGAGAUAAAAUACCAACCCAUUGGCUCCUAACUGUCAUUUUGCAGACACUGUUUGAAAAAUGAGUUUGCAGCCAAUUGUUUAUUUUAUCUCUCUCCACUUUAUCUCUCACUAAGCUUUGAUAAAUCUCCCCCUCAGUCUUAAAUCAUCUUUCUUACAUUCCACUAAUUAUUCCUAACACGUACCUAUGCACUAAACCGCUCUCUGCACUUUCCCAUAAUCCUCUCUGCCAACCAUUUUCCGCGCCCUAUUUCUCUUAAAGCAAGAAGACCCAGCCUCCCGCUCUGUGGGUUUUUAGCAUGACAACGCAUUCAGGCGCAGUGAAUGCUGCUUCUCGACGCUUCUACGGAGAGUGUGCACAAAUUUUGCUUUUUAAACCGAUGAAAUCCCUAUAUAUUCCUCAUGUAAUGAUGUGUAAGAUAGAGGUGGAUCUCCGCGGCUCUGUCAGUGAAGGAGCAAUCCAUGCUAUGUUAUAGACUGUGAGAGUGGUAUGUGUGUUUGAUACUUCAUUGAUGUCCAUUUGCUGUCGUGAAGAUUGAUGGGAGCCCUAGAGUUCCGGGGCUCCCGGUUGCAGAAGAACCCUCUCCAGGCCUAGACUUAGUGAUGGUGUAGUGGAUUGCAAUGGCUGCAUUUUCUUCUGAACGUAAAGGAAAGCUGUAGAUACAGCUUAGGUGAUAAAAGCGAUCUAGGGGCUAAUUCAGACCUGAUUACUGCUGUGUGUUUUCGCACAGCGGGCGAUCAGAUCUGAACUGCACAUGCGUAUGCACCACAAUGGGAUGGGACGAGAUGGUGCGACAAAUCCGAUCGCAAGAAGAUUGACAGGAAGAGGGCGUUUGUGGGUGGCAACUGACCGUUUUCAGGGAGUGUCUGGAAAAAAGCAGGAGGGACCAGGCGUUUGGAGGGAGGAUUCGUGACGUCAGCUCCGGCCCUGAUCAUCGCAGCGGCUGAGUAAGUCCUGGGCUGUGCAGAGACCGCACAAACUGAUGUUUGUGCAGCUCUCCCGCACAUGCGAUCGCACCCCUGCACAGCGAAUUCCCCCACCCCCUGUAGGCGGCGACUACCUGAUCGCAGGGAUGCAAAAAAACGCACCCUUAACGAUCAGGUUUGAAUUACCCCCCUAGUGUUAAGUGUUUUAGCACAUAGGAUGGUGGAGGGGGGCACAUUUGAUUUUUGAACACAAAUAAAUCCAAUAAUCGUCUACAUAAUGGGUAUUCAGCUACUGUGGAACUGCACAUCCGAGCACACCGCAAUAGCAAAAGUGUGGCAGGUCAUGCUAAAUAGAAUCCGAUGCCCCAUCUACGUGCCAGGUACACUUUAAUUUCUCUUCUGCUGCCAAAUAGCCCAAUUUAUGGGAAAGAAAUUCAAAUUAGUGGGUACUAAAUGAAGAGCAAAAUGGAUUGUCUUAAUUCGUUAAAUUAUCAUAAGCGUAUUAUAUGCUAUACACUAAGGUGGUCAUUCCGAGUUGUUCGCUCUGUAAUUUUUUUCGCAUCGCAUCGAUUUUCCGCUUAUUGCGCAUGCGCAAUGUUCGCACUGCGACUGCGCCAAGUAAAUUUGCUAUGCAGUUAGGUAUUUUACUCACGGCAUUACAAGGUUUUUUCUUCGUUCUGGUGUUCGUAAUGUGAUUGACAGGAAGUGGGUGUUUCUGGGCGGAAACUGGCCGUUUUAUGGGAGUGUGUGAAGAAACGCUACCGUUUCUGGGAAAAACGCGGGAGUGGCUGAAGAAACGGAGGAGUGUCUGGGCGAACGCUGGGUGUGUUUGUGACGUCAAACCAGGAACGACAAGCACUGAACUGAUCGCACUGGAAGAGUAAGUCUCGAGCUACUCAGAAACUGCAAAGAAAUUUCUGUUCGCAAUUUUGAGAACCUUUCGUUUGCAAUUUUGAUAAGCUAAGAUUCACUCCCAGUAGGCGGCGGCUUAGCGUGUGCAAUGCUGCUAAAAGCAGCUUGCGAGUGAACAACUUGGAAUCACCCCCUGAAUGCGCACGUUAAAAAUUAACUUUUAAAAGUCAAAUUUUAAAAAAGUGCAAUUGCUUAAUUGAACACUUAACGCCACACAGACUCUUUACAGAUGGCAGGAAAGCUUAGAGAUAGGGGCAUAAAUACUCCUUUGUAGCAUCCUUCACCUUUCCGAAUUUGGCUCCUUGAAAUCCAGUAUGUCACAAAGGGAAUAAGAAAUAUAUACACAAUCUCAGAUUGUGUGGAAAAGGAUGUGUGAUGCACUAAAGGGGGGUAUACACGGGAGAGAUGUGUGCUGAGCGAACCACUCAGCACACAUCUCUCCCGCCGCUCAGCACAGCGCGAUGUGUGCUGAACGAUGCGGGGGGAGGACGGGAGCCGCUCAUUUCACCCAGCGGGUGAAGUGAGCGACCCGCUAGAUUGGCCUGCAUGCAGGCUCAAUCUGGCAGCGGCGAUAGCGAUGUGCGGGGCCACGCAUCGCUAUCGCUGAGGGGGCUACACACGAGUGAUCUGUGCUUAAAAUCUAAGCAAUCUAGUCAGAUUGCUUAGAUUUUAAGCAUGGAUCUCUCCGUGAGUACCCCCCUUUAGAGAUCCUUCUAUGGAUCUUUAAUCUAUUUAGAUAAGGUAUCAUAUGACACUGUCUGAGGUAAACAUAUACUUGGAAUGAAUAUUUUUAUAUGGUGUACAAAUCCAAAAUGGCUGUUGUACUGUAGUUACACUGAAUAGACUGGCGCAAGCCAUCGGCUCUACAGAUGGCCACCCAUGCUGUGGUAUCAGCCAUGAACACCAGAAGUGUAAGCAAUUUGGGCACGUACUUCUACAGACAAAUAUGGCCGCUCGGUACAUGGGCUGGCCAGCUGGAUUGGUCGCUGUGCGGUAAGCAAUAUGGCUGCUUAGUAAAUGGGCUGGUCAGCCAGAUCAGUUGCUAUGCAGUAAGCAAUAUGGCUGCUUGGUAUAUGGGCUGGUAAGCCAGAUUGCUGUGCAGAAUGUAGAACAGGAAGCUAGCAGUGUGUAAGAAAUAUUUUUACUACAGUUUUCCUUUAAGGCCUUUUGUUGCAGCCAUUACAAUUUAGAGUAACACAUUUCUGGCCCAGAGUCCUUAUUGUAGAGGGGCCCUGUGCUCUACAGCCAGGCCAGCGUCAGCCGUGUUCCCGUAUGGGCUUUAUUCAGUAUAGGUGACCCAAACCAGCUUUAUUAAUUUCUUAUUAGACAAUACGGUGGACAUGGCGCCUCUGCGGUCCGGUGUUACUUUGCACAUACACCAGACGUGACCGGACUGUUUUCAUUCCCACACUGAAGCAGACUGGCAGCGGCUCUUUGCAGCUACAUGAAGCUUGAGUUUGGAUGAUAUUGAAUGCUUCGCUUUAAUUCCUGGCCUCUUAAAUAUAUUGGAGCUCAGUUGGAGGCAGCCAUUUUAUGGGCUGAACCUAUAAGAUAAUUUCUGAUUCCAUUGAAUAAAAUCCUCACAGAUUUGUGUAUAUAAUUUACGGUGUAUCUCCUACCAUGUAUCUCUUUUUUUAUAAUUGAUAUAUUCUCCGUAACCGUAAUAACUCAAGAACGUGUAGCAGGGUGUCGGAGACACCGGAGUCCGAACUUACGCCCCCAAUUCAAUAAGUUAAAGGCGCAGCAUUUGCUAUAAGGGAGUGAUGCUCUGCGUGACCGUCCAUGGUUACUGGAGCAAUGAUCUGCAGGCAGCCAAUUAAAGUGCCUUCUGUAUCAUAAUUAUCCUCCCUCACUCCCCUUCGUGUCCUUUAAACCCCUCAUUGUCCCAAGUGAAGACAGCUCCUGUAUCGGUGUGCGUGAGAGUUGCUGAGUGACUGCACCGUGACGAGACCGCUCCCCUUGAGUGCGGAGAUUGUUCUAUAAGCUCCCAAAGGGGCGAGCUGCCAACGAGAUGCCUCCUAAGUCAGGGGCAUUUAUUCAACCAUUAAAAAUUUAAUAAAAGAUACAAUAAAAAAAAA